UGGGGAACUAGAGAAUGAGAUUUUAACGACUGUGUCAGAUAUUCUGGAGGGAGGUGCUGAUGAGUAUGUUAUUACUGAAAGAGACAUCUUCGCCAAUGCCAUGGGAAACCAAGAGGACCCAGGACGAGAUGUGCUUAGACGCGUAGUAGAGCGCAUAGACCACGAAAUUGCGGUAAGAUGAUGAGAUGCGACGGAUCGGUUGAAUACUAAAGUGAAGACAGAGAACGCAGGAAGAGUGUCCCUCAUCUAUUACCAAGCUCCCAGAAGCGAUGAUCCUGCUUGAACCUCUCAACUCUACCGCCGAGGAGAUCAUACAGCAGGGAGCUAAAAAUCCUGCAGCCGCACACAGAUACAUCAACUGUCUGUCCCGCGGCUGGAUCGGUCAAGCCCUUGUCGAGCGAUAUACAUACGACCAAUCACCUGAUACGCCGGAGGGAAUGAUACAUACCAACGGUGAACAAGAUGGCAUCUUCAAAGAGUGGCUCAAGCCCAUCAAAGACGAAAUAAAGGAUGACGAGAAAUGACGAACGUUGAGGAUCCUGGAAGAGAAAUGCUCAGAGAACUGGUGGAAGUCAUCGAUCAAGGUCUUCAGGUAGGGACGCUGAACUUGGUGGACGACAAGCUAUUGCUGACUUGUUUAGUAUCUUCCAAAGAUCUACGUGACUAUUUCUGGCUCCCAGAGACUUGCGCCUCCAAUAGAACUUCGAUGGCGUUAUGGACUGGAGGACACUGUUAUGCGAUUGAGCGCCAAAGUGCUGGAGAAGGACAUCUUGGGCAUGAGCGUUAAGAAGUCUGGGCGCGAUUUGCAUUUCACUUACCAGAUUGAUGACGAUGAGGGUGGCUCGAACUACUUCUCGCUGAUGGAGGAGAUGGGCGCGUGGAAUUAGUGCUCUGUGUU